CUUCACUAUGACUGUAAAGUAGAACCAGAAAGCGAAUACAUUCAGUUUCUCGUCAGAUUUCGGUUUAGGAGGUGGAGGGGAUUGGUGUACUGUGUUCCUUAGUUGUGGGUCUUGCUCCUCUUCUGUAAUGAUCGCCAUUUCUGAGUGAUUUACAUGGAAUUUGAAGUGAGAGUGGUGAGUGGAGAUUGCAGAGACAGAGAAUACAGUUCAAGCUCUAUAGAGGUGAAAGACUCUCUUUUCGAGCUAAAUACAAAAAAUUCAAAGAGAUUAAACGACACCGUUCAAACUUCAAAGGUGCGCUGGUCUUGCUCUAUCUGGAGGGGAAGACUUUAUCUUUGCAAACACGAGGCCAUAUCUUUCUCUCAUCUCUGUGAAAUUGCAAACAUGCACUCGUUACCAUCGCCGGCGAUGCGCCCUCUUUACCUCACACCGUCUCUCACUCUCUGUUCUGCUCUCCACUCAUGCCCUCUCUCCCUUCGCUUACUCUCCUCGUCCCUCCCUUCCAUUCUGCGGAAAUUCCAGAGCCACCACUUGACUUCUCGAAAACCCAGAUAUUCCCCUCUUCUUGCUCGCAAUUGCAGUUCUAUUACUGCCAAGCCUUCGUCGGAACUCCGCAGGAACAUCAUCACUGAGUUCGUACCGGAAGAGAAGCUCUGUGCUCUCCGUGAGCUCUUCUCGAAGCCUGGAAUUGGCAUCGAUGCUUAUAUUAUCCCUUCUCAGGAUGCCCACCAGAGCGAGUUCAUUGCCGAGUGUUAUAUGAGGAGGGCCUACAUAUCAGGGUUUACUGGUAGCGCCGGCACUGCUGUUGUCACAAAGGAUAGAGCUGCUCUCUGGACAGAUGGUCGUUACUUUUUUCAGGCUGAGAAGCAGUUGAGCUCGAGCUGGAUUCUCAUGAGGGCUGGCAAUAGCGGAGUUCCAACUGCAAGUGAAUGGCUUAAUGAUGUUUUGGCUCCUGGUGGCAGGGUUGGCAUUGAUCCUUAUCUUUUUUCCUUUGAUGCUGCUGAGGAGUUAAAGGAAUCCAUAUCUAAGAGGAACCUUGAAUUGGUUUAUUUAUACAAUUCAAAUCUUGUGGAUGAAAUAUGGAUGAAAUCAAGGCCAAAACCUCCUAAUAAGCCUAUUAGAGUGCAUGACCUAAAGUAUGCUGGUCUAGAUGUGGCAUCAAAAUUGUUUACCAUAAGGGCUGAGCUAAUUGAGGCUGAUUCAUCUGCAAUCAUUAUAUCUAUGCUGGAUGAGAUUUGCUGGCUGCUGAACUUGAGAGGAGGCGAUGUUCCACACUCACCAGUUAUAUAUGCAUAUUUAAUUGUGGAGAUUGACAGAGCCAAAUUAUUUGUCGAUAAUUCCAAAGUCACCCCAGAGGUGGUGAAUCAUUUGACCAAUGCUGGCAUAGAGUUGAAGCCAUAUGAUUCUAUCCUUUCGGAGAUAGAAAGUUUAGGUGGACAUGGAGCUCAAAUUUGGAUGGAUCCAUCAUCUGUUAAUGCUGCCAUUGUGGACACCUAUAAGUCUGCUUUUGACAGAUAUCUUGGCACCAUUGGGCAUGGAACAAAGACAUUGAAUGGCUCUAGUGGUCAAUCCUGGGUAUCCAUGGGUGUUUAUAAGAGAUCACCAAUCUCUUUGGCAAAAGCUAUUAAAAAUCCUGCAGAGAUAGAAGGGAUGCGGAAUUCCCAUCUAAGGGAUGCAGCUGCCCUUGCUCAGUUUUGGGCUUGGCUUGAAGAGGAAAUUCACAAUGAUGUGAAAUUGACGGAGGUAGAUGUUGCGGACAAACUUCUUGAAUUCCGCUCAAAGCAGGAAGGCUUUUUGGAUACAAGUUUUGACACUAUUAGUGGUUCUGGUGCAAAUGGAGCUAUCAUUCACUACAGACCAGAACCAGAUAAUUGUAGUGUUGUGGAUAAAAAUAAGGUUUUCCUGUUAGAUAGUGGUGCUCAAUAUGUUGAUGGAACAACUGAUAUAACCAGGACUGUGCAUUUUGGUGAACCUACUGCACGACAAAAAGAAUGUUUUACCCGAGUUUUACAGGGCCAUAUAGCUCUUGAUCAAUCAAUAUUCCCUGAGAAUACCCCUGGUUUUGUAUUGGAUGCAUUUGCCCGUUCAUUUCUUUGGAAGAUCGGACUUGAUUACCGCCAUGGGACUGGACAUGGUGUAGGAGCUGCAUUGAAUGUUCAUGAAGGCCCUCAAAGUAUUAGCCACCGAUUUGGAAACAUGACUGCCUUGGAGAAAGGGAUGAUUGUUAGCAAUGAACCUGGCUAUUAUGAAGAUUAUGCCUUUGGUAUUCGGAUUGAGAAUCUUCUUCAUGUGAAAGAGGUAGACACCCCAAAUCGUUUUGGUGGAAUUGGGUAUUUAGGAUUUGAGAAACUCACGUUCGUCCCCAUUCAGACAAAACUGGUUGAAUCAGCUUUGCUCUCUGAUGCAGAAGUCAAUUGGCUCAAUGAUUACCAUUCACAAGUUUGGGACAAGGUAUCGCCUUUCCUGGUCGGCGCUGCCCGUCAGUGGCUUUGGAACAACACCAGGCCACUUGCAAGACACCGUGAUGAUCAGCUUGUUUAAUCUCAUUAUAAAUUAUCUGAGUCCUGCUGGAAUUUUUCUUUCUUGUUGGAAGAUUGUGUAUACACAGUGUAGAAUUGGUGUUAAUCCAAUAAUAGUGAAAGAUCAAUACAUCAUUUAUGUUUAUUUGUA